AUGAGUGCGGAAUUUGGUCCUUCUGUACCAUUUCCCCACAUCGGAGACAAUGUAACGACGUGCAUGAGAAAAGGUUUAGAACCUUCACCUGCAAUAUAUGAUCCCCUAGGACUUGUUGAUCCGGUUAAAAGGGAUAAUCUUUUGCAACACCUAAAGCCACACGAGGAAAUUCCACAUGGAGAAGCUCACGAGGAUAUUGAGUUCUACAGAAUCCUCAUCACUCCAAGACCUUGGCCCAUCAAAGAAUAUGGAUGGCUGGUUCAAAAUCAUAUUGCUGCGUAUAUUAGAGUCCUCAUUCAAAGGUCCAAACAAGAUCCGAACCCAUUCUGGUCCAAGCGCGUUGCCUUUAUAGACUCUUGGUUCCUUGAAUCAUGGGUUCACGAUUAUAAGGAGUUCGAAGCCAAACCGGAAAUGGUCAAAUUCAAAGGAAGUGGUUACGAGGGGUUAGCAAGCGGUUUGAUCCCCACAGACAUUCAGACAAAGUUGCGGUGGUUUACAGAUGUAGAUCACUUGUACGGAGUGCUUAAUACUGGCGGUAAUCAUUGGGUGGGUUUUCACGUGGAUCUGCAUAAAGAGAAGGUUGAUUGCUAUGAUUCAAUCGUUGGAGAGGAAACACUCGAAAGUGAUCUGAGAAUGCUAAAUUUCUUUAGGCCGCUUACUGGUAUUAUCCCUGCGAUUCUGAAUGCCCUUAUUCCUGAUGAUAUCCGAGUCCCUACCAAGAAAGAGUUUGUAUUCAGACGAAGAACAAAACGUAUUGUUCCACAAAACAACCUGAGAGGCGACUGUGGAGUGUAUUCAUUGAAGUUCGUCGAGUGUCUAGCGCUUGGUGUAGCUUUUGAUGGGAUAUCGGAUGAAAAUAUUCAAGGUCUGAGAAUGAAGAUGGCAGCAGAUGUCUUCGAUGAAGGAAGUUGUAGUUUGGUAGGGUUGUUUGGCGAUGAAUGA